AUGCCCGUCUGGGGGUGCGGAAACAAGUGCGGGGCCUGCGGGAGGACCGUGUACCACGCCGAGGAGGUGCAGUGCGAUGGGCGGAGCUUCCACCGCUGCUGCUUUCUGUGCAUGGUUUGCAGGAAAAACUUAGAUAGCACAACAGUGGCAAUUCAUGAUGAAGAGAUCUACUGCAAAUCUUGCUACGGAAAGAAGUAUGGGCCAAAAGGCUAUGGGUAUGGCCAGGGCGCUGGCACCCUCAACAUGGACCGGGGCGAGAGGCUGGGCAUCAAGCCAGAGAGUGUUCAACCUCACAGGCCGACAACAAACCCCAACACUUCGAAGUUUGCUCAGAAGUUCGGAGGUGCUGAGAAGUGUUCCAGAUGUGGGGAUUCUGUGUACGCCGCUGAGAAGAUCAUCGGAGCAGGAAAGCCCUGGCACAAAAACUGCUUCCGCUGUGCCAAGUGUGGAAAGAGUCUUGAAUCAACAACUCUGACUGAGAAGGAAGGUGAAAUCUAUUGUAAAGGAUGCUAUGCAAAGAACUUCGGGCCCAAAGGAUUUGGCUAUGGCCAAGGAGCAGGAGCCCUUGUUCACUCUCAGUAA